GCGAUAUUCCAUUUGACGCCCAUCCACUGCACAGAGUGGCGAGAUGUGCACGGAACGUGCGUCGCCUCUUUCGAGAUAACAGCAAGCCAUCUGCCUAUAUAGGCCGUGGUACAUCAACCCUCUAUCCAUAAAAACUCCAGAAUAUUUCCAAAGAGAUGCCGGUGACUUCAGCAGGAGCCAAAGUUGCGUCCCUGGAGGCAGGGAAAUGGCCCGAGGACGUGGGGAUCCUCGCCGUGGAGGUCUACGUCCCUCGUACGUGCGUCAAUCAGACGGAGCUGGAGGCGUUCGACGGAGCCAGCGCGGGGAAGUACACGAUUGGGCUCGGCCAACUCAACAUGGGUUUCUGCGGGGAUCGCGAAGACGUCCACUCGCUGGCGCUGACGGUGGUCCGCGGGCUCAUGGAGCGGCACGGCGUGGCGUACGAAGACGUGGGGCGGCUGGAAGUCGGCACGGAGACCAUCCUGGACAAGUCCAAGUCCACCAAGACGGUCCUCAUGCAGCUCUUUGCGGAGUCUGGGAACACGAGCGUGGAAGGGAUCGACACUACGAAUGCGUGCUAUGGCGGGACCCAGGCACUUUUCAACGCCGUCUCGUGGGUCGAGAGCAGCGCCUGGGACGGUCGUUUUGCAGUGGUCGUGGCAGCAGACAUUGCAGUGUAUGCUUCAGGUAAUGCCAGACCCACUGGCGGUGCUGGAGCUGUGGCCAUGCUCAUUGGUCCUAACGCCCCACUUGUCCUCGAGAGAGGUCUGCGCAGUCUUCACAUGGAGCAUGCCUACGACUUUUACAAGCCCAACCUCAGCUCUGAGUUUCCGGUGGUCGACGGGAAACUGUCCAUCCGGUGCUACCUGACGGCCCUCGACAAGUGCUACCAGAGAUACAGCGAGAAGGCCGGGGGAGUCACGCUCGCCAACACAGACUACCUCAUUUUUCACUCCCCGUUCACCAAACUGGUCCAGAAGAGCCUCGCGCGACUCAAGUUUAUCGAUUUCCUGCGUGCCUCGGCGCCCGACACUGCCGAGAGUGCAACAUACGCCGGCAUGGAAAGCCUCACUGGUAGGACUCUUGAGGACACUAUCGGAGAUAAGACUGUCGAACGUCUUCUGGUGAAAGUCUCCAGUGCAGAAUUCUCUGCCAAGACCUCUGACAGUCUUCUGCUGGGGAGAGAAGUAGGAAACAUGUACUGUGCUUCUCUCUAUGGUGGACUGGCUUCUCUAUUUGCCACGUAAGCCGAGUAAACCCCUUCAAUCGAGGAAGAUCUAUAUUAUACACUUUCUCGUGUGCCCAGGACUUCUAUAGAGGAACUGGCAGGGAAAAGGGUGGUGCUGUUCUCGUACGGUUCUGGACUGGCUUCAGCCAUGUACUCGCUCCGUGUGUCAACUGAUGCUUCGCCAAAAUCACCGCUAGCUACGUUGGCCUCUGGCUGCACCGACCUUCUCAAGCGACUCAAGGACAGAAAAACCGUCCCUCCAGCUGAGUUUGAGAAAAAGAUGAAACUGCGCGAGGACACGCAUCAUCUGGCUCCCUAUACUCCAGUGGGAGAGCUGGAGGACCUGUGGCCAGGGACCUACUACCUGACUCAAGUGGACGAGAAACACCGGAGGACGUAUGCUCGUCUGGAGGGGCAGACCCUGACUAACGGGACACAUUCCCUAAAAUCACCUGCCAUGGAACACAUCGAUGCAAAUGGGACCUCAUGAUGUGUGACACUUUUUAUACAGCCAAGUACUAGUCUGUUAGCGUUUCAGUUCUGGUUUUUUUCAGAAAAGUU